UCCCUGGACUCCCUCCGCUUGCCGGGUAGAUUGGAGUGAAAGAGAGAACAAGAGGGCGGGCUCUUUCCCCCCUGAUGUGGGCGGAGGCAUCAUAAAGAGGGGAGGAGUCUAGCGGGGGUGAUUGAUGGCUGCAGGGAGGAGGGGCAGGAUUAGAAAAAGGGGGAAAUAAUGGGGAGUUUUUUCUGUGCAAUAGCGAAAAGAGAACUUGCAAGUGUUGGGAGGGAAAAGCGUCCGUAGUGUGGGUCCCAGUUAGGAGGAAAAAGGACAGUCUACGAUCCUGCACCCCCGGACUAGUUUUCGGUGUCAAUGCUUUCUUGCAUGCAUUCGUUUAUUGAAAUCAUUUUUUUCUUUCAUCCCUUAUGAUGCGACAUUAGCAAAUUAUUGUAUUCUGCAUUUAUCAAAUGUCCACUAUUCUUUCCCGGCUCAUCAUUAAAAAAUGGUUCUCAGGGUUGUUGGCCGGGAGAGUUUCUGAACACAAGCAGAGGGGCAUUGCCUCUUUUUCAGUUAAGGGCUGCUACUUCCAUCCACCACGAAUUCUAAGGUAAUUUCGAAAUGGCCGCAUAGGGCAUUUGUAAUGGUAUUGGGUAGUCUUUGCUGUUAGUAGUUUGAGGGUUUAAUUAUGGGGUGGAAAGCGGCAUGCUAUGGAAUGGGAAGCUAUAAUGGUGUGCAAAGCGCCUUCCUUUCAAGCUGCAGCUUGCAAAGCCAAGACUGUUUACUUUCGUUACCGUGAGGCUGGAAGCAGAGAGUUCUGAUUGCGCAUGCGCAAUAACAUGCCAUGUAACCUAUGACACCCUCUCUUAACUGCCAGUUGAACAAACGCAUGCGCAUUGAAUUCUCUCCUUAAAUCGGAUGCCUGCAGCUCAUAUUAAUAGACCCUUAAUAGCAUACUACUGCUGCUAGUUUUGCUCUUUUCAUUUUUUUAAAUUUAAGACUUGUUUUCUUUUAACUUCUCCCUUGAACCAAAAGCUUAUGUGUAAGGAUGAGUGUACUACACAUGCGCAAUAGACAGCGCCUACCAGGAAAAGGUUUCCAAUCCGAUUGUGCGCCUGCGCUGCCCUCUUGCAGCCGCUCAUGCACAACGCAUGCGCACGAAUCAGCCCAUUCUAGAAUUGCCCUUUCGGCAACCGAAAUGCACAACACGCAUGCGUAGUAGGGACUAUACCGUCUCUGCGCAUGCGCUUUGCCCCAUACUGACACGGGAAGCGUUUACCCGCUUCCGGCCACCUCAUUUUUAUUUUUUCUUUAAUUCAAGUUGUGCGAAACCCUCUCCGUCGCUAUGUCAGGCGCAGCUUCUGGGUCGUCCGGGGCCGGAGCGAGCUCGGUGGGCUCGGUAGUGCGGCGCUUCCUAGCCGAGUACAGCAGCGGAACGCCGAGCCGCCUGAAGGUGCUGGACGCCUACCUGCUCUACGUCAUGCUCACGGGAGCGCUGCAGUUCGGCUACUGCCUCGGCGUCGGCACCUUCCCUUUCAACUCCUUCCUGUCGGGGUUCAUCUCCGCCGUGGGGAGCUUCAUCUUGGGCGGUGAGGACGCUCCUCGACUUGGCAGCUUCGAACGCGAAGCCGUUGCUUUUUAAAUUUAAGUGAGGGGGGACGUGUGCAACGGUCGCCGGGUCAGCCUACCAACGGUCUUUACGUGAGGGAGGGGGGAUGUUCCCAUGGCAACGUCGCGGGGGUUCCAUAUGGUGACGUAGCAACUUAGCCUCGGGAUGGUGGGGGGGGGGGCGCGAAGGUUCUGCGUCGUCGUGGGAACGGCGCUGUUCAGCUAAUGGAGACAAGGAACAGGGCGGAGUUAUGACAAUUGCCAUGGCAACUGCGGAGAGUGCGUGGGAGGGGAGUGGGGGGCUAUGCUAGUGACUCCCACCUAUGCUCUCCUCUGGGUCUUCCUUCAAGCAGGACUACAACUCCCACCAGCCCCUGCCAAUAUAAGCAGUUGCUUUAGGGACUCGUACAACAUCUGCAGGAGUAGUAAUAAGAAUAAUAAGCCAUUCUGGGCGGCUUCCAACAAAAUAUUAAAAUACAGUAAUGCAUCAAACAUUAAAAGCUUCCCUAAACAGGGCUGCCUUCAGAUGUCUUCUAAAAGUCUGGUAGUUGUUGUUCUCUUUGACAUUUGGUGGAAGGGCAUUCCACAGGGCGGGCGCCACUACCGAGAAGGCCCUCUGACUGGUUCCCUGUAACCUCACUUCUCGGAGGGAGGGAACUGCCAGAAGGCCCUCGGAGUUGGACCUCAGUGUCCGGGCUGGAUGAUGGGGGUGGAGACGCUCCUUCAGGUAUGCAGGACCGAGGCCGUUUAGGGCUUUAAAGGUCAGCAUCAACACUUUGAAUUGUGCUCAGAAAUGUACUGGGAGCCAAUGCAGAUAUUUCAAGACCGGUGUUAUAUGGUCUCGAUGGCCGCUCCCAGUCACCAGUCUAGCUGCUGCAUUCUGGAUUAGUUGUAGUUUCCAGGUCACCUUCAAAAGUAUCCCCACGUAGAGCGCAUUGCAGUAGUCCAAGCAAGAGAUAACCAGAGCAUGCACCACUCUGGCGAGACAGUCUGCUGGCAGAUACGGUCUCAGCCUGCAUACCAGAUGGAGCUGGUAAACAGCUGCCCUGGACACAGAAUUGACCUGUGCCUCCAUGGACAGCUGCGAGUCCAGAAUGACUCCCAGGCUGCACACCUGGUCCUUCAGGGACACAGUUACCCCAUUCAGGACCAGGGAGUCCUCCACCCCCGCCCGCCUCCUGUCUCCCCAAAACAGUACUUAUGUCUUGUCAGGAUUCAACAUCAAUCUGUUAGCCGCCAUCCAUUCUCCAACCGCCUCCAGACACUCACACAGGACCUUCACCGCCUUCACUGGUUCUGAUUUGAAAGAGAGGUAGUUCCCAUCCCUCCUGUUAAGCGUCUCAUCCAGACCAGUGAGCCGCCCUAUUUGGAGCCUCUUACCCCAUGGUCAUGGUUGUGACUCAGCCCCAGGACUAACGUUAGGGGUCAGCACACGUGCCAGUGGGCCCAGAAUGGCUCAUUCCCAUGCCCACCAAGGCACCUACCUGGCCUUGCUGCAGAGUGGGUGCUGGGCACAUGGUGUGAAUGCUACUGCCCAUCACUUGCCUUCCCUGGAUGUAUUUCUGACCGGUGAUGGAAGCGUCGGCAUUGUGCAGGAGGAAGCUUCCAUCUUAGAUAUCCAAAAAUGCAAUACCUGGAUCUCAGAGCACUGAUGUGUUUUACAAAGUACAGGUCCUGCCUGCCUGCCUAGAAAACAUGUUGGAGCCCAGAGGGUGGAGGGGAGUGAUGUGUGAUGACUGUUCCUACUAUAAAAGCAGGUCUGGGAGAUUUCUUUUCUAAACUCAAAAGGGCAAAGGUUCUUGCCAGAAUAGAUAACUGAUGGCAAGGAUCCACAGAUUCACUCUGUGGUUCUUAAAUCGGGAGUAUGAGGUUAUGGUCAUUCUUUAAAGCUUGCUCCGCUGUUUGGUGUGAUGUGCUGCAUUUUCCUCCAGCAAUCCAUUACAGUUUGGUUUUUCUUCUCUGUCCCUCUCAAGUUUGUUUGAGGAUCCAGAUCAACCCACAGAACAAAGGAGAAUUUCAGGGGAUCUCACCGGAGCGAGCCUUUGCUGACUUCCUCUUUGCCAGCACUAUCCUGCAUCUUGUAGUCAUCAACUUUGUGGGCUGAUACAGAAGACUUGGAGGUAUGUAUACCUGGUCGGGGUAUAUGAUUUUAGAAGGGAAGACUUGGUAGUCAAAAUAUUGGCUGAUGCCAUCCUUACAUUGAUCUCUUAUUUAGGUGGUAGAUUUCCCAGGUAAGAUUCAAGACUUAGCACUUAGAAAUUGUGUACUAGUGUAGGCUAGAAAAAAGGCUUAGAAGUGCCCUGAGUAUUCUCUACUACUUUGGUAUAGUUUUCAUUCCUAUCAUGACUUCUUACAGCUGAACCUCAUUAUACAAAUAAAGUCAGAGAGUCUCAAUGAUGGGUAGAGAAGAGGGUCUGCUUUAGUGGGGCCUGGGGUGAGAUCCUCUCCUUCUGUGUCUUUUCAGCUUGUGAACAUCUUAGAGAAUCCCCUGGAAUAUUGUCUUGAAUUUAUCUUGAGUCAGUGAUGUUACAGCUUGAUGGUGUUCUUGGAGUAAAGCCUUUCACACUGAACCAAUGUUAGAAGUCCAUAUUUGUGAAUGUACACACACACACACACACACACAAUUUUGUGUUACCUAUAAAUAAAUACUUGUGUGUGCAGUGUGGACGUCUGGCAUAACUUUAGUUUUAUACUCUUGAUUGUAAAGCACUAUUCCUGUGCACUAACUGAAAAGGUGAUAAGUCAUUAUGAGUCUGAGCAUGGGGUGGGCUUUUCACCAAAGAGAAGAUUAGCAUGUGGCUGAGUUUAGUGGCUACCAAUCAUUUAAAAUUCCAGUUUGACGUUGAGACUGAUAGUAUUUGACUUGUAUGUGUGUUUCAUUUGCAACACAGUGUGUUUGGUAUACAAUAUAAGUCCUCAAUUUCUUGCAAUUUCCAUGUUAAAAACUCUUCACUUUUUUCUUUCCUUCUUGUAGGUCCUGGAUUUGUCUUGUUUGCUGAAAACCCAGCAUUCCACUGAACAGGCAUCACACCACACAUCACAGACUCUGAAUAAGUUCCCUGGUGGCAGUAGGGAAUGUUCCCUGAAACAUAUGGCCAUUGCCUUCACUUUCUAUGAUUUUCAAUAAACCUCUUUUCUUACA